AACUGCAGCCCACUUGCACUCCCGCCCAAUUCUGCUCCACGUCACAGGCCAAGGACUCAGGAACCAAACAUCACCUCAACUUUCUUAUCGCCUCCGCUCGCUGUGCAGCCUGCGCAUGACCUUCGUGGCGUCUGCAAUGUCACAAUGAACCACGACAGAUCUCUGCCGCAGCUCGAUACCGGCGCGGGCCCGGCUUCAAGCAUCCUGCGCCCGCAGGUGGUCACGCGCGCCGCCACUCUCCCUCUCGACUAUCAUUCCAAUCCAUCCUCGCCUCGCGCCAGCCGACUCCACCUAGCUCCCGAAGAUGCCUUCACCGCAACCUCUCCGCCCAGACGUCUCUAUUCCAACGACUCUGCUGCCGCAAGUGGCCUCGCGACAGACUCGGGCGCAGAGUCAAACCGGCCUAGGCGAUCGCGCCCCAAGCUCGACAACCGCAGCCGUAGCAGCAGGAGGAGCAAGAAGCGCUGGAAGAAGCUGCUCUGGGUCAAACAGUCGUAUCCGGACAACUACACCGAUCAGGCCACCUUCCUCGAGAACCUCCAGCGCAACCCGCGGUUCCAGCCCUACGAGUUCUGGCCCCUCGUCGCGGACUCCACCGUCAUUCUCCAGCAGGUGUGCUCAGUCAUCAUAUUCGUCGUCUGCUUUGUCGGCAUUUUCCAAGAACGUGUGUCACCGGUCGCAGUCGUGGGCUGGGGUAGCUUCGCCACGUUCCUGGGCUGGCUGGUAUGGGAUUGGUGGGUAGGACAAGAAGACGAGGACGAGGUUGCGAGAAGAGAAAACAAGAACCGCAGACAAGCCGCGCGGGAGCACCGACGAGGCCGUAAUUCUGGCCUAUCCGGCUCACAGUCUGCCGCAGCUUCGACGACGAAUCUGGUCACCAUGGACCGCACGCAGUCCUCAGGCAAUCUUGGAAAUCUGGCAGCCAUGCGCCAGGCUCAUUCUACCUCGGUCGUGUCACUGCAUUCCACGGCUACGCCAUCAUCAACUGCGGGCAACGGUGCUGGUUCGAACAAGCCGCCAAGCGAGUCAUCCGACCACCUCCCCCCGCUGCCUCCUGCGCAGCGUGUCAACCGCGCCAGUCUGCGCAUGAGCACCAUCAAAUCGGCCAUUCUCAUCUACUUUACCCUGUUGGGACUAUCACCGAUUCUGAAGUCCCUCACGCGAUCCACGUCAUCGGACAGCAUCUGGGCCAUGUCAUUUUGGCUGCUGACAAUCAACAUCUUCUUCUACGACUACUCUGGCGGGGUGGGUGUAAAGUUCCCGGCCUCUCUAUCGACCAAUGCUGCCUUGAUGGCAUCGACUGUGCUUGCUUCCCGUCUACCGUCUACAGGCCAAGUGUUCAGCCUGACUCUGUUCAGUAUUGAAGUGUUUGGCCUUUUCCCCGUCUUCAGAAGAUAUGCUCGACACAGAAGCUGGAGAUACCAUGUAGCGCUCUCCUUGUUCCUCAUCAUCGGGGCGGGAGGCGGACUGGGCAUGAUCCUCGCCGACAACAAAGACGCUGGAGUCUGGCCGUGGAGAGCCGGCCUCAUGGGCGUCGUCGUGGCCAUGCUGUUGUCCAUCGUGGCCAUGGGCGGCUGCAGCUGGUGGCUCAUCAGCCUGCAAAAGUACAAGGAGGCUAUUAAUGGGCCUUGGGACCAGGCCCGGCCGAUUCUGAUUAGCAGGAGGUUAUGGAAUGAUGACUAGAAUUGUUUUUCUCAUUAGAAAAUAGAUUAAGCAAGCGUUCGAUCAUGAAUUUAGGGUUUUAUUUUUUUCUGGAACAACAAA